CCAUCAGCAAGUUCAGAAAAGACAUAGAAAAAGGAAGUACGGAGUUUGGUUUACACGCAAGGAAAGAAUAUGACAGGAAAGGAAAUGAAGCCAAAACGAAACUUUUCCCAUGUUAUAUUUGACAUGGAUGGCCUAUUGAUUGACACUGAAAGGAUAUACACAGAAAUUAUGCAAAGGAUCGCAUCAAAAUAUGGAAAAAACUUCACAUGGGAGAUUAAAGUAAAAAUGAUGGGAAUGCCAGGACUAAAGUCUGCACAGGUUUUUGUUGAUGAGUUGAAGCUUCCAAUUACACCAGAAGAGUUUUUACAGGAAACCAAGAAGCAUAAAAAGGAACUAUUUCCAACUUGUAACAUUUUGCCUGGUGCAGAAAAGCUAGUAAAACAUUUGCUGAAAUGCAAAAUUCCUAUUGCCUUAGCUUCAGGAUCUUUUACCACAGACUUUGAAACAAAGACACAGAAUCAUAGGGACUUUUUUUCACUCUUUGAAAUCAAGACUUUAGGUGAUGAUCCAGAAGUUACGCAUGGAAAGCCUAACCCUGAAGUGUUCUUAGUUACUGCAAGAAAAUUCAAAGACACUCCCGAGCCCGGUAGUGUAUUAGUAUUUGAAGAUGCACCAAAUGGAGUGAUUGCAGCAAAGAGUGCUGGGAUGGCCGUUGUCAUGGUUCCUGAUGAAAGAAUGGACAGUAGCAUGUAUAACAAUGCUGAUUUAGUUUUAGGUUCUUUAGAAAAUUAUAAGCCAGAGGAUUGGGGUUUCCCUGCAUUUGAAGAAGCAUAAGGAACCUUCAAAGAAAUAUACUGAAAUUUUUUGAUUCAAUUAGAUUAUUUGGAAAAGGUCAUGGAAAUACAGUGGUGAUGAUUGUUUUUAUUGAGAGCAAUUAUCAUUUUAUGAUAUUUAGAUUAAUUUUGUCAAUUUUUUGUGAAUGAAUAUUCAAAAUAUUA